GUGUUGCAAGGCUAUAGAUUAUCUUUCAGGAACCAGGCCACGAUCAAACCUUUCCUUAAAAUGUACAGUCUGGGCCACCCAGACCUGCUUAGUUCAUCCUUUCCUGCACUCUGUACUUUGUAAUAAAGAAUUCUUACAAAUUAGUGGAAAAGGCAAAAUGGUAGAAAAGUGGACAAAUUACACAAAAGUGUAAUUUAUGAAAGAAGAAACAUGAAAACUAAAAAUGUAAAGUCUGCUUCCCAUGUUAUCUAAGAAUUACAUUCUAAAGCAGUAAUUAUAUACUAUGUAUUAUAUUUAAAAAGAAUAAUGCUGAUCAUUCUUGGCUAAUGGUCACUCUCAUAUAUUGUUGAUUAAUAUGAAAAAUGGUACAACCUUCCUCAAUAGUGUUUUGUCUUCCUUUUGAUCCAGCAGUUCCACUUCUAGGAAUCUAUCCUAAAGAAAUAAUCACACAAAAUUAUGCCAAGACUGUAUAAUGUUUGCUGUCGUCUAUAACAGGAAAAAAGAAAUAAAGCUCCCUAAAUGCCUAUUAAUAAUUAACUUAUUAAACAAGUUUUAGGUAUUGCAAGCAAUUGAAUAUACCAUGACACUAUUUUUUUUAAUUUUUUUCCUUUUUUAUUUUAUUUCUUUUGUAUUUUAUUUUAUUAUUUAUUUAAUUCCAGUAAACUUAACAUACAGUGUUAUAUUAGCUUCAGGUGUACAAUAAGUGAUUCGACAAUUCUAUAUACUAUUCAGUGCUCAUCAUAAUAAAUCUACUCUUUAAUCUCCACCACCCAUUUCACCAUCCCUCCCCACUCACCUCAUCUCUGGUAACCAUCAGUUUGUUCUUUAUAGUUAAGAAUCUGUUUCUUGGUUUGUCUUUCUUUUUUUUUUUUCUUUUGCUUGUUUGUUUUGUUUCUUAAAUACCACCUGUGAGUGAAGUCAUAUGGAAUGUAUCUUUUUCUGACUUAUUUUGUUUAGCAUAAUACUGUCUAGCUCCAUCCAUGCUGUCACAAAUGGCAAAAUUUCAUUCUUUUUUGAUGGCUGAUUAAUAUUCCAUUGCAUAUAUAUGCCACAUCUUUAUCGAUCUAUCUGUAGACACAGGCUGCUGUAAACAGUGUGGCAGUAAACAUAGGGGUGCAUGUAUCCCCUUGAAUUAGUGUUUUUUUGUAUUUGGGGGUAAAUACCCAGUAGUGCCAUUGCUGGAUCAUAGGGCAGUUCUAAUUUUAACUUUUUCAGAAACCUCCAUAAUGUCUUCCACAGUGGCUGCACCAGUUUGCAUUCCCAACAGUGCAAGAAGGUUCCCCUUUAUCUGCAUCCUAGCCAACACUUAUUGUUUCAUGUGCUUUUUAUUUUAGCCAGUCUGUCAGGUGUGAAGUGACACCUCAUUCUAGUUUUGAUUUGCAUUUCCUUGAUGAUGAGUGAUGUUGAAUAUCUUUUCAUGCAUCUGUUGGCCAUCUGGAUGUCUUCUUGGGAGAAAUUUCUGUUCAUUUCUUCUGCCCAUCCUUAAUUGGAUUAUUUGGGAGGUUGUGUUUUUUGUUUUUUGGUUUUUUUUUUUGGUAUUGAGUUGUUUGUAUAAGUUCUUUAUAUAUUUUGGAUACUAACGCUUCAUCAGAUAUAUCCUUUGUAAACAUUUUCUCCCAUUCAGUAGGUUACCUUUUAGUUUUGUUGAUGUUUCCUUAGAUGUGCAGAAGCUUUUUAUUGUGAUGUAGUCCCAAUAGCUUAUUUUUGCUUUUAUUUCCCUUACCUUGGAAGACUUAUCUAGAAAAAUUUUGCUACAGCUGAUGUCUGAGUGCCUGUGCCCUCUUCUGCAAUUUUUAUAGUUUCAGGUUUUACAUUUAGGUUUUUAAUCCAUUUUGAAUUUAUAUUUGCAUAUGGUAUAAGAAGGUGGUCCAGUUUCAUUCUUUUGCACAUAGCUGUCCAAUUUUCCCAGCACCAUUUGUUGAAGAGACUGUAUGACCCUAGUUUUUUUAAUAUUUAGAUUUUUGUUUUCUGUCCUGAAGUGAUGUACAUAAUACUGUCAAUUAAAACCCAGAUUUCAGAAAAGAAAAUCAGACAUAUAAUAAUGACAUAUGCCAUAUUAUAAUAUGUGUGAGAAUUAGUAUAGAAAAAGCUGGGAAGUAUGUAUCCCCAAAAAACUGGUUAUCUCUGGGUAAUGAUAUUAUAAGUGAUUUUCUUUCUGCUUUUCUAUGUUUACAAAAAUUUUUGUUUUAAUAUUUGUCAGAAAAUAAAAUUAAGGUGUUUCCAAGGUAGAGAAAAGGUGUGGAGAGAGAAAUCACUCUGACUCCAGCAUGAAGAAAAUACUGGACUAAAGUUAAGGACCAGUUUGAUGGAUGCAGAAGUAGUCAAAGUGAGAGAUGAUAGUGGCCUGAAUCAAGGUAGUGGAAGUGAAGAUGGGACAUUCACUACAUAUUUAAGGGGAUAAAUUUACCAGGAUUUGACUUUAAUUGAAGAGAGAGACUAAGGGAAAGAAAGAAAGAGAGGUCAGGAAUGGCAUUCAGGUUUCAGGCUUGGUGGUGCUAUUCAUUGAGAUAGGGAAUUUAACAGGAGAAUAAGAACAGUGUGUAACAAACUGAUGAAUGGAUAAAGAAGUUAUGGUUUAUAUACACAAUGAAAUACUACUUGGCAAUGAGAAAGAAUGAAAUAUGGCCUUUUGUAGCAACAUGGAUGGAACUGGAGAGUGUUAUGCUAAGUGAAAUAAGUCAUACAGAGAAAGAUAACAUAUGUGUUCACUCUCAUGUGGAUCCUGACAAAUUUAACAGGAGACCGUGGGGGAGGGUAAGGAAAAAAAAAGUUAGAGAGGGAGGGAACCAAACCAUAAGAGACUCUUAAAAUCUGAGAAUAAACUGAGGGUUGAUAGGGGGUGGGAGGGAGAGGAGGUUGGGUGAUGGGCAUUGAGGAGGGCACCUGUUGGGAUGAACACUGGGUGUUGUAUGGAAACCAAUUUGACAAUAAAUUUCAUUUUUAAAUAAAUAAAUACUAAAAACAAAACAAAACAAAAAAAGAACAGUAUGUAACAUAUAAAUAUGUCUACUAUGUGGCAUUUUGUUUUAAAUAUUUUCAAAAUAUUCACUUACUUAAUCCUCAACAAACCCAUGAGGUAGGUACUAUUAUAACUAGUUUUACAAAUGAGGAAAUUGAAACAUUGAAAGGUUGAGUAACUUAUACAACCAAACUCACACAGCUAGUAAGUAGUGGAGCUAGGAAUCAAACCCAAUCAGUUUGGCGAUAGAGUUGGUGUUCAUGCAUACUUCAUUGCAAAUAUAUGGCAAGAGGCUUAAGAGAGAAUGAGUUUGGGACAUGUUAGGUUUGAAAGAUCUGAGGGACACAUGCCUGGGGAUGUCCAGUAAGGUGGUUGGGUAGAUAUGUGAUUAUGUAGCUCAAAAAAGAUGAUCAGUGAAAUCAUGGCAGUGGGUAAAGCUGAAGGAAUCCACCUGAGAACAAAUAGAAGAGAAUAAACACAAGUACUAACAAAUGGACCUAACUGUAUUACAAGUGAAUGACAUAACCACACUGAAGGAAGUGGCAAAGAAAAAAAUUAAAUUAUUUUAGAAAACACUAUCUUGACUAGAUACUGUAUAACAAAAGACAAAGAGAACUCUACACAGAUGCUGUAAUUUCCAGUUAAUAACUGUGUUUGUCACAGGGGUAUGAGUCAAUUCUGAAACUACUUUAUGUAUAUACCAAAACUGAACAAAUAAGUAAAUAUAUUGUGGAUACUAAGAGCCAACAAUCUUCCUCCUUUCCUCACUGGUAACUUCUUUGUUGAAGAAAGAAGUGAGGAAAAGAGGAGGAUUAAAAAUGAGCCCUGAGGUAUUGGAUUGGAAUCAGAGGUGUCAUAAUGAACUUGUAGCGUUUAAUACAUAGAUGAAUACAGUGUGUGUGUGUGUGUGUGUGUCCAUGUGUCCGUGUGUCCUAUCUCUCCUAGAGGGCCUAGAAGCAAUGAUACCCCAGUAGCAGCGAGCACAGCUGAUCUUUGUGCUGAUCCAGCACCCAGAUCUUUGUUUCUAAGCACUUCUCCAAUAAAAGGAACUAGGGCUCCUUGGAGAAGUUGAUUUCUAGGGCUGGGCAGGGAUAAUACAAGAACUUGAAACAUCUUACAGUGCCAAGAAGUGCUCAGAAUAGGAUAGAGGCUGGUCAGAAUAACAUAGGAGCCUCCAACUGACCAAAGCCAAAACUAUUUGUGCAAUAAAAUAAUGAUAAUAUUGGUGCUUACAAAAUAUUCAUGAGUUCAUAGUGACAUAAAUAAAUUAGUAAAUAAAUGAUAAGAGAUAUGGAGCAGCUUUUCCUUGCAGAAAAAUUUCAGUUAAUAAAUUAGUGGGAGGUAUACCUGGGUGGCUCAGUUGCUUAAGCGUCAGACUUUGGCUCAGGUCAUGAUCUGACAGUUCAUGGGUUUAAGCCCUGUGUCAGGCGCUGGCUGACAGCGCAGAGCCUGCUUCAGAUCCUGUCUCCCUGCCCCUCCCCAGCUCCCUCUCCCUCACUCAGAAGUAAACAUUAAAAAUGUAUACAUAAAUAAGUUAAUGGGAAAGAGAGAAAUAGAGAAAUCACCAUUAGACCAACACUAUAUUACUAAUUGUUGCAGACAAGAUAAAUUGAUGGAUGCUAAAGUUAGUGGGUUUGAGAAGAGUCAGGAUAUUUAUAUCUUCAAGUAUCUCCCCAAGAUAUUUAUCAGCUACAGAGGGAAAGAUGGUUACUCUACAGUAGAGAAGCCAGGUGAACACCACCUUAACCAAGUGAUAAAGGUUAACAUUAUCAUUAAUGAAGUGUACCAACAUCAUAAACCCAUUAAUGCGAUGUAAAAGAUAAAAGAUCACUUCUGUGUUAUUCUUGCCAAAAAUACUUAGCUUCAUUCCAACCAUGAGAAAACAUCAGACAAACCCGAAUUGAGGGACACUGCAAAAUAACUCAGCAGUACUCUUCAAAAGUAUUAAGCUCAAGAAAGACAGAAAGGCUGAGGAACUUACAGAUUGGAGAAGACAAAGGGAAAAAACAACUAAAUUCCAUGUGGGAUCCUGGAUCAAAGAAAAAAUACUACUAGAGAAACUAGUAAAUUUUGAGUAGUUUGAAUUAAUAGUAUUGUACCAAUUUAAAUUCCUUGUUUUGAUCAUCGUAUUAUAGGCAUAUAAAAUAUUAACAUUUGGACAAGUAGGGUGAAUUGUAUGUGGGAAUUGUGUAUUAUUCUUGUAACUUUACUGUAAGUCUAAAAUUGGUUCAAAAUAAGUUAAAAAAUAGAAGAGGAAACAGAAGAACCCUUUCAUUUACUCAUUUAGCAGAUACUGAGUGCCUACUAUGAGCCACAUACUGAAAGUAUUAAAAGUGGAAUAGUAAAUAAGACAGAAAAGAUUCCUGUCUUCAUGGAGGUUAACAUCACACAAUGGUGAGGUAUAAAUAAAAAUGAUGACUACAAGUAAUUAACAAUGAUAAAAAGUGCUACCAAAAAAAAGGAAGGUGUAAAUGAGGGACCUCACAUGUCUGUGAUAUCAAAAAUCUUCCUUGAUUUAAACUGAGACCUGAAGGAAGAGUAAGUGUCAUCUGGAGUGGAGGAGGGGAGAUACCACACAGGACACAUUUAAGGACUUAAAAGCAGAGCUGUGUAGAUGAAAUCUCAGAAGCAAGCAGGGGAGUGGCUUGAAAGAUCAGGAAGCAGGUCACAGGAUUUUUUAUGGCUUUGUAUUCCAGCCUAAGAGCUGUAGGGAGCCACUGAAGAAUUUCAAAUAAGGGACUGAUAUGAUCAGAUUUGUAUACCUUUAAAGAUUCCUUUACUUCACCUGUGGAGGGAACAAAGAUAGAUAUUGAAAACUCCUAAGGAACAACAAUAUGUAAAUGGUAGGCAGAGGAAAAGGGACUAGAGCAUAGCCUGCUGAGAAAGACUGUGGACAUAAAGCAAAACACAGCUGUUAGUAAUGUCAGAUAUCCAUCAGAGCUCAGGAAGUAAUAAAGCCCAUUGCAUGAACAAAAGUGUUGUUGACAUUCCUAACCAGAGCAAUUUUAGCGGUGUGCUGAUGGCAAAACAGAAGAAAGAUCAUAGAUAAUUGAAAAAUAAAUGGGUAAUGAAGAAGUAGAGACAAGUACUAACAAUCCUUUGAAGAGUUGUAGCCUUGAAAAAAGAAUGGAUAUUAGUUACAAAAGGGCAUAUAGCCAGUGAAAGUUUUUAAUGCUGGGAGAGAUCUUAAAUGGUUUUAAAUUAUGACAGGAGGAGUCAAUAAAAUGAAAGAUCAAGUUGCAGAUCAAGGACUGAGAAGAUAUAUGCUAGAUUCAGGCCUAUAGGGAGGCUGGAGAGAAUGGUUUGAUCCUAGAGAAGAAAUAUUUUUUAAGGCAAAUCCCUGGGCCAAGAAUACUCCCCCAGAGAUGCCAUUUCAUUAGGUCUGGGAUUGAACCAGUGAAUCUGCUUUUCAGCAAGUGCUGUGUGAUUCAAGUGAUCUGCAGACCACACUUUGAUAAACAUUGCUCUUUUUUUCUAUUUUUCCCCUAUACUAAGCCACUCCUGUCUUUUUUUUUUUAAUGUUUACUUCUUGAGAGAGAAACAGAGCAUGAGCGGGGGAGGGACACAGAGAGAGAGAGAGGGAGACACAGAACCUGAAGCAGGCUCCAGGCUCUGAGCUGUCAGCACCCAGCCUGACGUGGGGCUUGAACUCACAAGCGAGAUUAUGACCUGAGCCGAUGUUGGACACCCAACCGACUGAGCCACCCAGGCACCUCAAGCCACCCCUGUCUUCACUUUCUUCCCCAUCCAGUCUAUAACAUAAGGUUCCCUGGUUCAUAGUCUAGCAUUUUGUAAGGGAAGAAACUUCAGAACUACUAUGGCACCGGAAGUGGGUGACAGAAGUAGAAUGAUGGCGAAAAUCACUGGCAUUGAAAAAGUUAACAAAAUUAGAGGCUCUGAUAAUGGUUCUGAAUUCCUGCUUGCUUAAAAAUCACUUGUGAGGCACUUAAAAAAUGUAUAGAUGCGGGACUUCAUCUCAACAGUUUUUGGGUGGAACCUGGACAUGUAUAUAUACGUUAAUAUAUACAUGGUCAAGGAAGUUCACUCAGAUUUUUGGAAAAGCUUGGAGGAAAAACGGUGUUAAGCCGGAAGUCAUUCUUCAUCUGAAUUGAUUAUAAUUUUAGUAUUCCUUAGGCAGUCAUGGGAAUUCCUUACUUUCCAAGCCAUCAUGGUUACAUAUUUGAAAAAGCCUGUGGUGAUACCACAGGCUUCUCUGGAAAGGACUACAUGUGUAUUGUAUGAAAAAUUACACACAGUUUGGGGAUGGAGAGUGGUUGGUUUGGGGGGUUUUGUGUGCGUUUUUUUCCAAUACAGGAAUUAUAAGGGAAAUUUUCAGAAGGGGAUCAGAUUAAAAAAUGAAAAGGGAGAGAACAGGUACUAAGAAGAACUUCAGAGUAUACUAGAAGGAACCUAGGGCUGUGAACCAGGAGACCUAGGUUCUAGAACCAGCUCUUUCACUUAGUUCUAUGAUCUUCAGCUUCAGAAUCCUCCUUUAAACCAAAAAGCUGAGAACUAAAUCAGUGCUUCCAACGUGUGUUCUCUGGAAACUUAGUCUCAUCAGAUGCCAUAAGAAAAUUCUCAAAUAACUAAGUUUGCAAGCAAUAUAUAUUUGACAUGCUCUUUAUCCCCUUGGGUUCACACGUAUGAAGGAGAAACCCUGUUCUGCCUAACUUGACUCUCUAGGUCACUAAGUGACUGAGACUGCUGGACUUCUUUUGUAAGACUGGUGCAUCUCAUUACAUGUGCUACACCUGAUAUAGUAUCUCACAAGAUUCCGGUCAGAAGGGAGAUUUGAGUAUCAUAGUGAAGUCUGUUCAUGAAAGACUGAUGCCUUUAGGGGGAAAAAGUAAUAGCCGCUUUGAGGAACCCCCACGUGUCAACCUUGCAUGAACAAGGCAAGAUUCUGAGAGUGGCUGCCCUGAGAAGUCAUUCUUGUGGAUAGCCAUUGGCUCCUGAGGUUCUCAUCAGAGAUAAAGCACCUUUAAUACCUGGGAUUAUGCCCUCUCAGAAUGUUAUACUUUCCCAAAGAGGGAACAUGGAAGAGAAGGAAAUGAAUGAUGAAUCACAGAUAGUCAGGUCUCAGGAAUCACUGACGUUCCAGGAUGUGGCUGUGGACUUCACACGAGAGGAGUGGGACCAGCUCUACCCUGCUCAGAAGAAUCUUUACCGAGAUGUGAUGCUGGAGAACUACAGGAAUCUGGUCGCACUGGGGCAUCAACUUUAUAAGCCAGAGGUGAUCUCUCAGUUGGAGCAGGAGGAGCAAUGGAUGAUGGAAAGAGGCAGCUCAGGGGACAUUCGUGCAGGUGGAGAGAAUAGACCUGAUAUCAGAAAAUCAAUUCCAAACCAGAAUAUUUCUGAUGAAAAUCAAAACCAUGACAUGAUAAUGGAGAGACUAACAGGAGACAGUUUCUGGUACUCCAUCUUAGGAGGACUCUGGGAUUUUGAUUACCAAUUAGAGUUUAACCAAGAAAAUCAGCAGAGACAUUUAGCACAAGUAUCUUUCACCCACAAAAAGAUCACACAGGAGAGAAGCCUUGACUGUAAUAGAUUUGGAGAAAACUAUAAUGUAAACUCAAACCUUAUUAUGCAUCAGAGAAUUCCUUCAAUUAAAAUACCCCUUAAUUCUGACACACAAGGAAAUAGCAUCAAACAUAAUUCAGACUUGAUUUACUAUCAGAGAGACUAUGUAAGAAAGAAUCCUUAUGAAUAUAAUGAAUGUGGAAAAUUCUUCAAUCAACAUAUUCUUCUUACUAAUCAUAUUCAUACUGAAGAGAAACCCAGUGAAUGUGGGAAAGCCUUCAGCCACAACUCAUCUCUUACUCAACCUCAGAUAGUCCUUACAGGAGAGAAGCCCUAUAAGUGUGAUGAAUGUGGGAAAAGAUUCAGCCAGAGGAUUCAUCUUAUUCAACAUCAGCGAAUUCACACAGGAGAAAAACCUUUUAUAUGCAAUGAAUGUGGGAAAGCCUUCCGUCAACAUUCAUCCUUUACUCAACAUCUGAGAAUUCAUACUGGAGAGAAGCCCUACAAAUGUAAUCAAUGUGGUAAAGCCUUUAGCCGUAUCACAUCCCUUACUGAACAUCAUAGACUUCAUACCGGAGAGAAACCUUAUGAAUGUAGUUUCUGUGGGAAAGCCUUCAGCCAGAGGACGCAUCUUAAUCAGCAUGAGAGAACUCAUACAGGAGAGAAACCCUAUAAAUGUAAUGAAUGUGAGAAAGCCUUCAGCCAGAGUGCACAUCUUAAUCAACAUAGGAAGAUCCAUACUCGGGAGAAAUUGUGUGAAUAUAAUAAAUGUGAGAAAACCUUAAGUUCUAGUCCUUCUCUUACCCAGCAGCAUAUAACUCACAGGGGGGAAAUCAUAUGAAUAUAUAAAUAUAGGAAAACUUUUGGUCAGAUCUUUUCAUCCCCUUGAAUAUAAAAUUAUUCAUACAGAAGAGAAAAUUUAUAAAUAAACUUUUAAUGCAUAGAAACCAAAUAAAUUUAGAUCUUAAAUUAGCAUAUUCCCAGGAGAGAUUAUAAAUAGUGAAAAUAAUUUAUUUUAUAAAUAAGGUAAUAUUGAGUCAUGUUCCAAAUAUGAUAUAAAACUUUUUUUAAUGAUCAGAAAUCUUAUAGGCAAUAAUCUGAAAUUAUUCUCCUGUAACUUUUAUGAUAUAAAGUUUUUAAAGUAUGUAAACAUUGAUUACUUAAAGCAGUGAUGUAGUAUAACCAGUCACAUAAACUUUAAAUAAACAUAAAAGCAAUAUUUCUCAAACCAGCCAUUUGUUUCCUUUACAGUUUUUACCAUAUUCAGUGUUUACUUAAAAUUUUUCCUUAAAGGGAUUCAGAAUUUUUAGUAUUGCCUAGGAAAUAUUAUUUGCAGAAAUUUUGAGUUUUAUAUGCCAAUUAUAUUUGUUCUAAAAUAAAUAAACAUAUUUAUUUAUCAAAAUACAUAUAUAACUUUGAAAUUAAAAAUAUCCACUUGAUGUACUACCUAAAUCUUCUGUACCUUUAUUUGAAAAACAAUGUGACAGGAUAUUGACAGUGUUUGUUUUCAUUUCAGCAACUUUUGUGUUUUCGUCAAACAACUUAUAGGAUCAUUUUAAGAAGCAUGUUGGAGGAGACUAAGGGUCAUAGUGAUGAACUUUGAAAAUGAUUCAGAGAAGUCUACUUUUCUAUCCUGUUGUUCUAGUUUUAAAAUUCCCUCUAGCAAACAUAGACUUUUUUAAUUAAAAUGGAUUUUUUUGUGUGUUUGAAUACAGAGUUUUUUGUUGUUGUUUUGUUUUGUUUUUAUAUAAU